AUGUCUGGGGCAAAGGUUCUGCUGUUCCUGCAGAGCCUGUCACGUAGGAAACCUCUGGAGCCGGAGGGUGAAGUGUCCAACUUUCGGCGAUGCCUGACCACCCUCGACCUGGUGGCCCUCGGGGUCGGCAGCACGCUGGGGGCCGGGGUGUAUGUGCUGUCAGGAGAAGUGGCCAGAGCCGUGGCCGGGCCGAGCAUCAUAAUCUCCUUCCUGAUAGCAGCAGUGGCCUCCAUCUUUGCAGGGCUGUGUUACGCUGAAUUCGGGGCUCGCGUUCCCAAAACUGGCUCUGCAUAUCUCUACAGCUAUGUGACCGUGGGCGAGAUAUGGGCUUUUAUCACUGGCUGGAACCUGCUGCUGUCUUAUGUCAUAGGGACAUCAAGUGUAGCCAGAGCAUGGAGUGGCACCUUUGAUGAUCUCAUUGGAAAUGUCAUUGCCAACUCUCUGGGCAAACAGGCUGCGAUGGAUUUACCUGGAUUAGCUCCCUACCCAGACUUCUUUGCAGCUGGCCUCAUAAUGCUCCUGGCAGGGAUUCUUGCAUUUGGUGUCAAAGAGUCGGCUAUUGUAAAUAAGGUUUUUACAGCAGUUAACAUCCUUGUGUUGCUGUUUGUUAUCGUCUCUGGCUUUAUUAAGGGAGACAUCAACAACUGGUACACCAGUGAAGACAGUCUCCUAAAUGGAUAUGACACAUAUGGCAGAGGGGGAUUUUUUCCUUUUGGCUUUGAGGGAACAUUAGCAGGAGCGGCCACUUGCUUUUAUGCGUUCGUUGGAUUUGACUGCAUUGCCACAACAGGAGAGGAGGUUCAGAACCCUCAGAAGUCGAUCCCACUGGGGAUUGUGGCGUCCCUCCUCAUCUGCUUCCUGGCUUAUUUUGGUGUUUCUGCUGCCCUGACUCUUAUGAUGCCGUACUAUUUGCUCAGCGUUCACAGCCCACUGCCUGUGGCCUUUACGUACAUCGGUUGGGGCCCUGCAAAGUACGUAGUGGCUGUAGGAUCCCUCUGUGCUCUGUCAACAAGCCUCCUUGGAUCAAUGUUCCCGAUGCCCCGUGUUCUCUUUGCCAUGGCCAGAGAUGGACUGCUCUUCAGGCCUCUCAGUAAAAUGAGCGACAGACAGAGUCCUGUCAUAGCUACACUGGCUUCAGGGGUUGUAGCAGCUAUCAUGGCUUUACUGUUUGACCUGAAGGCGCUGGUUGACAUGAUGUCAAUUGGAACCCUGUUUGCCUACACACUUGUUGCUAUAUGUAUCCUCAUAUUAAGGUAUGAAUCAUCAUAA